AUUCGACAGUUGACUCUAUCUGAGUAGGUACAGUUUUUUAAGUACUCCGUGAUAAUGCACAAAAUAUGGAAAGUUACAAUCGUUUUACUUGUACUCUCAGCUAUCAUAGACAAAGUAUUUGCUUAUCCAAAAUCGCCGGUUCAAAGCGUAUUCGAAGCUAAUGAAAUAGUUCCCGAUGUCAUUCCAAUAGCACCAUACUGGAAAGUGUGGGUAACUUACGCGACUGGUGUCGAAGUUGAAUUUGGUAAUGAGCUAACUCCGACUGAAGUUAAGGAUAUACCCUUUGUUUGGUGGACGUGUGAUGAUAAGUCUCAUAAAUAUUAUACACUGGCUAUAGUUGAUCCGGACGCACCUUCCCGGGUCGAACCAACAAGCCGCAACUGGAACCACUGGCUUGUUGGAAACAUUCCCGGGAACGAUGUACCGUCCGGGGAGACCAUCGCGGAUUUCGUUGGCGCUGGACCCGGCUUGGGCUCUGGGCUACAUCGCUACGUGUAUCUUGUGUAUAAGCAACCCUCGAGACUAUUCUUUAAUGAGCCACGUCUUAGUAACAGGUCUGCCGUUAACCGCACAAAUUUCUCUAUCACGGAUUUCGCCAAGAAAUAUAAUCUAGGAGAUCCAAUAGCUGGAAACUUCUUUGUAGCCCAGUACGACGAUUACGUACCAAUUCUUUACGAGCAAUUGGGACUUUAAAACACUAUACCACAUAGAUGUGUAUAUUUAAUAAAAAGCAUGAUUAGUUUUUAACAUGUUUUAUAGGUUAUGUUUGUAAGUUCUUAAAAUCAUGUUUAACGUAAUUUUCUAAAAAUAUGAAUGAUUGUCUACUUCCUACUUACUGCAGUCAAAUAUUUACCAUGAAAUUUCAUUUAUUUGUGGAUUUUUCUUCCAAAUUUCAAUACUGGCUCAAUAAAGCGUAAAAUCAAUUUCUCUGUAUUGAAACUACUUCGCGAUUAUGUAUUACCACUAUUACUGUAUUGAUAACGGAUUAAAAAUUACAUUAUUCAGUUUGAUUAUUAGAAAGAUAUACUGAUGUAUAUCAUAUAUAUCAUCAUUAUCAACCCAUAUUCGGCACACUGCUGAGCUCGAGUCUCAAUGCUGGCUCAAUGGCUUCACACACGCAGAGAAUUAAGAAAAAUCUCUGGUAUGCAGGUUUCAAACGACAAUAUAAUCGAAUAGUCAAGUGAGUCAUUUGGAGCAUUAAUAAAAGUUUUAUUGGACUUCUGAGAAUAUAAAAUCUAAUUUAAUUAAAUUAAUUUUUAAAGUAAAUUAUAGUUUAUUUUGGAAAGGAUUUGGAUAUUUGAAAAAUAUAUUAUGUAGAGUUUAACAUAGUUAUUUUUACCUAAUACAGUUAGGUUACAUAUCUUUCCACUUUGGAUGUUGAAAACUCCUUGAAAGUAUUCGUACUUUUUGAGUUUGAGGUGAAUUUAGUGUUAUAGUCAACCGUAGCUGGCUUAAGUUGUUAUUCCAGCUAUCUUGCCGGUUAAGCUGCAGUUAAUAGUGAACCUUCUCAGCCAAACUUACAUUUUAUACGUGUUAGCUUUACUAACAACUUAGAAAUUUCAUAUGUAAAGUUUUUGAAGAACCGGGCACCGCUCUCUUGACCUUAUUACAGAGCUUUCUGCGUUCUCUACUGACUUUAUAUAUUUAUAAUUAGUUGUCUUUACGGAAAUAUUUUGAUUUUUAUAUCUCUAUUAAAUAAAAUUCUAAUAUUGCGGUGUAUGUUGCAAGUCUCCUCCGAAAGGGCUGGACCGAUUUUUUAAAAUUUUGUGUGCAUAUAGUUAUCUAUUUUUCAUACCUCUAAAUGAUAGGUAAGGGUGGUCCAUUCCAAAAUGUUUAUUAGGCAAAACACAGCUAGUUAGCUGUAUAUAAUAUACUCGUAGUUAUCCGUUAGGUACUCGCGAAUUUGUCCGUGAGAAAUUUAAUUUAUAAUUUACACUAAUCUGUUAACUAUAAAAGGCAGCAAACCCACAUGAGUAGCGUGGAAUAGGGAUGAUGACUGAUGAGUAUGCUAAUAGUAAAGAAAUUUUGUAAAAAGUAACAGGGUAUCUGCGAUCAUUACUUUCGGAGCUACAGGGAUUUAAAGGGUCAGAUUUGCGACGCUGCCGCGGACCCCUGAAAAACGCCCCAUACAAAAUGGCACGAACUAAUGACGUCGUAGGCACUUAGUGAUAGUUAAUUUGUAUGGGCGUUCAAACAAAAUUACCAAUAUCUUUGUUAUUUGUGCAUUUAUGUUUAUAGUUCAUAUAUUAAAAAAUUACACGUUUAAUGUAAGGAAGCUAAAACUGUAUGAACUUUUAUCUAAUUACGAUAAAAGAUUUUUAAUAGAUUUUGAAAUUUUAUAAUCUUAUUUAUUUUGCAAAUAUCCAGUUAAUCUUUGCUUUUUAUGUAUAAAUUAGUUAACAUUGACCUUAUUUAUCCGAAUGUAUUAUAAAAAUCAAUAUAUUCAAACCUAGUAAACCUAAACACUUACACACACACUUUCGCCUUUAUAAUAUUACUGUGACAUGAUUAAUAUUCCCAUUCCCCUCCAACUAGUGGGAAAAAGUGCGUUAGGAGUGCGACAAUAAUCCAGUGGUCAGUGACAACAUGAGUCAAAACAAAAUAAGUCCGCCCCUUUACUGUUGGGCUAUUGAGGCUUUCAUUCUAUUGUAGGAAACGAAUAUAUCUUCCAUACUCGGCUCACUGGUGAGCACGAGUCUCUAAUCAGAAUGAGAGGGGUUAGGACAAUAUUAUGAUAUCACGCUGGCACAAUUUUUUUUUUAUUCCCUACAAGUUAGCCCUUGACUACAAUCUAACCUGAUGGUAAGUGACGAUGCAAUCUAAGAUAAAAGUGGACUAACUUGUUAGGAAUAUGAUGAAAUCCACACUCCUUUCGGUUUCUACACGACAUCGUACCGGAACACUAAAUCGGUUGGCGGUACGUCUUUGUCGGUAGGGUGGUAACUCGCCACGGCCGAAGCUUCCCAAGGGCUAUUGAGACUUUCAUUCUAUUGUAGGAAACGAAUAUAUCUUCCAUACUCGCCUCACUGGUGAGCACAAGUCUCUAAUCAUAAUGAGAGGGGUUAGGACAAUAUUAUAAUACCACGCUGACCCAAUGCGGAUUGGCAGACUUCUCAUACGUAAAGAAUUAAGAAAAUUCUCAUGUAUGCAGGUUUCCUCAUGAUGUUUUUUUUUCACCGUUUGAGACACGUGGUAUCUAAUUUUUUUAAAUGCACAUAACUGAAAAGUUGGAGGUGCAUGCCCCGGACCGGAUACGAACCU